CGGUAAAAUGCACUGAACAGUGCAUUUGCAUACGUGCACGUCUUAUCCAGAGCAUUAUCUAGAAAUCCGAUUAGCCGCGAUGCCACAUAUUAAAUGGUGAGUGCGCAGUCGCACGGAGGACAAGAGAAUCCAGCAUUUCUUCUGCGAGCGCGUAACGUAAGUAUAUUCUACACAAGACUAAUAUUCGUAACGCUGCUGCUAUAAUUCACAGUCCUUUCCGCACCGUGAUCUACGGCCUCUAGUCUCGAGCUCCGCACUGUAAGCUAUUUUUGUAACAAAACUUCACUUCUUUCGUCUACCGAUGCACUCACUUUAGCGGCGAUUCGCGCAGUCAUAAUUCGGAAUUUGUUCCGAAAACACUCGCGAGAUUUUCAUCAACUUUGUUUCACACGAUAAAUUUUACCGUAGGGAUUUAAAUAAGGGAAACAUUUGCCGCGAGCUUCGAGCACCUGUCACUUUUUUUUAUCGUUCAUUGAAAAAUAUUAUUAUUUCCAUGAAUCCAUCCAAUUUGAACGAAAAUAAUGCAUUUGUAUAUCUGUAUGAAAGGCUAUUAAAACGAAAACACGGAAAAAAAUUUAUACGAGUAUUUUAAUUACCAUGUGAAAUUACACCUGAACAUGUUACUCUUCUCUUCUCGUCCUCAGUAAGAUGUAAUUUAACGUACAUUUUAUGUGACCGCAGCAACUAUCUUAUCACGGUUUGAAAAAGUUAAUUAAUAAGUUACGAUAGGAAUUUCAAUGUACGCUCUUUGCUCUCGUCUCGCGUAGGUGCGCGUUAUUAGUGGUCCGACAAGCUCUCACACAAAAUUCGUCCGAUCAUAAGUGAGCGAAAUAGAUCCUACGGACGAGAGAUUUUAAUCGAGAUUCAAUGUGGAACUUUCAUUUUCGUGUAGCAUUAUUAAAUGUCUAACAGAAUAUUAAACACAUCGCAGAAACAUGAUGCGAGCAGAGCUUGUAACGUUCUAAUGUAAAACCAUUUAGAAGAUAGAAAAUACCUCAUUGGAUCCGCAACGGACGUUCGUAACUGCGAAACUGGGGAACUAAGUGAGACAGAAGAGAGGGCGAGAGGGCAAAAGGGAGAAGAGUGAGAUAAAAAAUUAUUCUAUCUACCAAACAACUUCAUACGAUAUCCCUAGGAUAUGGAGAUAUAACGUUACGUAUUAAUGCUCCUGUAUAUCACUCGUUUCUAUCUCACUUUGAUUCGCGAUUCGCGGAGAAUAUUCCAUUUCUUUGAUUCCAAGUUACAAAACUACGUACGGUGUUCCCUUACAUGUGUAAUGCUAGGCAGUGCGACGUGUUACGCCUGUUAUUAUCCGAAAGACAAUAUUUCGUUGAAGAAUCGUCAGGUCUAUUGGAAAAUUUAUGAUUGUUUUUAAGAGAGCAAUUUUACGUUGUUUUAAAGUUAGAUAUUUAUCACGAGGGUCUAAUAAAAAUAUUGAAUCGGAAUUCUCAAAAGUUAUUAGCUCAUCGAGAUGCAAGCUUCGAUUUUUCACGAGCGCCACUGUUGGUGUUUUGUUUUUCAACGUUUGUUUAUACUUUAACGUCAGCGUCAUGGCGUACAGCGUGAAAACUAUCCGCGAAAAUCUUCGAAAGAAAACUUCAAGCAAAGAAGUCAAAGGAUGUUUUCGCGAUUACAAGUUGGAGGAUACAGUUGAGGCGUUAAAAAAUUACUAUGGCUUACGCGACCGCUUCGAUCUGGUGGAAGAGAAUCGUCAAGGAAUGCUUGCGUCCACCAGUGCCAUCAACUUUUCAAACUGUCAUACACGAUCUGAGGGACACUGUUAGAAGUGCUUACUGGAACAAGGAAAUCGGCAAAACUAUUUAUCUGCCACCUCAUCUCCCGGCUGGCUGCGAUCCGGUCGAAACAACUUUCGGAAAAGUUCUCACUCGCGACGAGUGUGGAGUUUCCGAGUUAAUAAAUCCAAAAGAUGCAGUCAGCGAACAUGAUCCUGAAGUUCAUAAAUUGUACCGAAAGACUCACAAUGAUUAUUAUCCUUGCGAACAACUUGAAAGGAACUAUGAUCCACCUUUUUGCAAAUAUUCCUCAUUUGGAGAGGCACAAAAGAGGUGUGAUUCAUCAGGGAAAAAAGUAGCAAAUUGUUUGCAAUGGUGUACUCAAAACCACAUGACUGUGGUGGACUCAAGGCUCGCAGAUUUUCUUCAUCGUAUUCAAUCUCCAGUGGGAGAAAUGAAAAAUCGUGACGAGUCGCUCGUUCAUCUAACGUUUGGGAAAAAUGUUCAUGGAUCCUCGGAGAGCGUUGCAGAUGUUUUGAUCGAAUCUGCCCUUUCACCCGAUCAUGCAUACUGCUCCGAUUAUGCUGAAAAUUAUUCCAAGUCCUGUGUCUCGUCGGAUGGUAUUUUUUGGAAAAAUGAGACAAACGCUGUAAAUUGCUUUGUUUUCUGAAACAAUUUUCGUUUAACAGCGGUUGUUAAACGCACGGCCGGAAUUCCGAGUGAAAGAAAGGAUUUGCCUUGGCCCGUUAUACCCAAAAAUGGUGCAAAAGCGGAUAGAGAACAUUUGGGUGACGAAACUUCUGUACCGGCGCUCGUAUCUCCCAGCGUUUUUACGCAACUCGGGCUCAGUCAUUAUGAUUUCUUUAAGAUUCGCGAAUACAACGAAAUGCGAUCUAUAUUUGAAAACAUAGGAGUCGUGUUCCCGAACAAUAGUUUCGAUGUCAUUUGGAACGAAGGCUUGAAAAAAGAUGGCACUGGUGGUGUGUGCGUUGAAACGUUUCGAAAUCUUCUCGCAAGACUCGCCUUUGAAAAUUUCAACAACAAAUUAUUAUAAAAACAAUUCAUUUCUGGUUCUUAGAAAGGCAGAGAAAACAGAACUUGAGCAAUUUUAUAGCGUAACUCGGUCGA